CCACUUUAGACGCGCUUCACCCCAAAAGCGCGUCAACCUUCACCAAAGCUCUUUGUAACAAAGAACCCAUUGCAACUACCCCUCUGUGAUUCUGGGGACUGCCAUACCCUUAUCACACUCCACUCUUCAUUGCGGUUAUUUUAUUCUAUUUAACCUCAAUCGCAGAGAGCGAUAAUCAUGGCGCCCACAGCCGCAGCAGAUGUGAAGGACGAGAUGGACAUCGCCGAGAGAGAGGUCCAGGACGCAGAUACCGAGGCUAAGAUUAUCAACGAAGGUAAACGGCGCCCAAGGUGACGAUGGGGCAUUGCCUUGCUGACAGGCGCAAAAGAAUAUAAAACAUGGAAGAAAAAUAGCCCAUUUUUAUAUGAUAUGAUCCUGAGCACCGCCCUGGAAUGGCCGACGUUGACAACUCAAUGGUUCCCAGACGUCAAAUCACUCCCUGACAAGAACUAUACUACCCACCGCCUGCUCAUCGGCACCCACACAUCAAACGAUGCGACAAACUACCUCCAAAUCGCCAAUGUCGAGCUCCCAAAGAAUAUCACCCCGAACGAGCGUGACUAUGACGAUGAGAAGGGAGAGAUUGGAGGAUAUGGGAACUCAUCGUCUGGCGAGUCGCCUGCCAUCAAGAUGACGAUCGAGCAGAAGAUCGACCACCCUGGAGAGGUCAAUAAAGCGAGAUACCAGCCUCAAAACCCAAAUAUUAUUGCAACAAUGUGCAUCGACGGCAAAGUCUUGGUUUUUGAUAGAACUAAGCACAGCAGCCUGCCAACCGGCACUGUGACGCCCCAGGCGGAGCUGAGGGGCCACACCAAAGAAGGCUUUGGCCUGUGCUGGAACCCCCAUGAGAAGGGGCAGUUGGCGACCGGUAGCGAAGAUAAAACUGUCAGGUUAUGGGAUCUGAAAUCUGUCACAGCGACCAGCAACAUUGUUAAGCCCUCAAGGACCUACACUCACCACGCAGCUAUCGUUAAUGAUGUUCAAUACCACCCCAUCCACAAGGCAAUAAUCGGAACGGUCUCGGACGAUCUGACUCUCCAGAUCCUGGAUACCCGUGAAUCGGAUACGACGAGGUCAUCACUCCAAGGCACAGGCCACACCGACGCCAUCAACGCGAUCGCCUUUGGCCCUGGUUCUGACCACAUUGUUGCCACCGGUUCGUCCGACAAGACGAUCGGCAUCUGGGAUCUUCGCAACUUGAACAACAUGAUCCACUCCCUCGAGGGUCACAACGACCAAGUUACAUCUUUGGCUUGGCACCCAUUCGAGGAAGCUAUUCUCGGCAGUGGCAGUUACGAUCGUCGUGUAAUUUUCUGGGAUCUGAGCCGCGUUGGGGAGGAGCAACUGCCAGAUGAUAUUGAGGACGGCGUGCCGGAGCUUCUAUUCAUGCACGGGGGGCACACCAACCAUCUUGCUGACUUCUCAUGGAACCAGAACGAGCCCUGGGUUGUCUGCAGUGCUGCGGAAGACAACUUGAUCCAGAUCUGGAAAGUUUCAGAAGCUAUUGUCGGCAAGGACCUUGAAGAUGUGCCAGUCGAUGAAGUCGAGCGCUAG